AUGUCAGCUACAGUCACUACUACCAGUGAGGCUCUCGACUGCUCAAUUAUAGCCAUUGAUGAGCUGCAGAACUAUGGAAUCAAUGCAUCUGAUAUACAGAAGUUGAAAGGAAGUGGGAUAUACACAGUUAAUACUGUUCAGUCCACUACAAGGAGGAAUCUGGUGAAAAUCAAGGGACUCAGUGAGGUGAAGGUUGAAAAGAUCAAAGAAGCCGCCAACAAGCUCGUUAAAGUUGGGUUUGUACCAGCUACAGUGCAAAUGGAUCUUAGACAAAAAGUUAUCUCCAUAUCUACAGGAUCUAAGCAAUUAGACAGUGUAUUGGGUGGUGGAAUUAUGACUAUGAGCAUCACUGAAGUUUUUGGAGAGUUUCGAUGCGGGAAGACACAGAUGUCACAUACACUAUGUGUGACAGCACAGUUGCCCAAAUCUAUGGGAGGUGGUGAAGGUAAAGUUGCAUUCAUCGAUACUGAAGGAACUUUCAGACCGGAAAGAAUUAAACAAAUAGCAGAAAGGUACGAUCUUGACCCUGAUAGCUGUCUUGAAAAUAUUACCUAUGCAAGAGCACUAAAUAGCGAGCAUCAAAUGGAACUGGUCGAGCAAUUGGGAGAGGAGUUGAGCUCUGGUUCAUAUACGCUCAUAAUUGUUGAUUCAAUUAUGGCAAACUUUCGCGUUGAUUAUUGUGGACGUGGAGAACUUAACGAGCGCCAGCAAAAAUUAAAUCAGCAUCUAUUCAAGUUAAAUCGGUUAGCAGAAGAAUUUAAUCUAGCUGUAUUUAUGACAAAUCAAGUACAAUCAGAUCCAGGUGCAUCUGCUCUGUUUGCUUCAGCAGACGGAAGAAAACCUGUCGGCGGUCAUGUAUUAGCCCAUGCCUCUGCUACUCGUAUUCUAUUAAGAAAAGGUAGAGGUGACGAACGAGUAGCAAAGUUACAAGACUCUCCGGACAUGCCUGAACGUGAAUGUGUUUAUGUGAUUGGUGAAGGUGGUAUAGCAGAUUCCAGUGAGUGA